UUCUUUUUUAUUUUUUAUUUUUUGGUUCCCUCUCAACCUAACUCUCUCUCCUCACACACCUCAAAAAGCCCAUCCCCUCCUCACCCCUAUCUCACACCACUCUUUCCCUCUCUUUUCUCCUAUGGCAUCAGGAGAAACCAUUCCAGUAGAACCCCUACAACACAAGACUAUAGUUCUAAGGACCUCCAUACAUUGCCCAGGAUGCAGCAAAAAAGUGAAGAGGAUCAUCCAAAGCAUUCCUGGGAUACAUAACUUCGCCAUCGACCCGUCGCAGAACAAGGUGAGCAUCACCGGAGAUGCCGAGGCCGGCGUAAUAAUCAAGAAGUUUCUCAAAUCCAACAAGCAAGUCGAGCUGUGGCCGGAGAAGUCGAAACUGACUAAUGCGAACGCUAAGACAAGCGGUGAAAAGAAUCAAAGCAAAGAGAUCAACACAUCCAAUGAUCUUUCUGAGAACAAAAAGCCCGACGAAAUAUUCAAGGAGAAGAAGAAAACAGUCGACGCGGAGGCGCCCUCGAAAUCGGAUAAUGGACCCGAGAAGAGUCCGAACGAGAACGGCCCAAAAACUCAGCGAGGAAGCGCGGUCGCCGACGUCGAUGAUAGCAGCAAGAAGUAUGAAAAUCAAGAAGUUAAGAGCGGCGGCGACAAGAAGAAGGAGAAAAUGGCACAGAAAGAGACCAACGGUGCUAGCAGCGGAACAGUAGAAUCGUCAGCUACUGAAGACGGAGACAGCAGUGGUGACAAGAAGAAGGAGAAAAUGGUGGUACAGAAAGAGACCAACAGUGCUGGCAGCGGAGUAGAAUCAUCGUCAGCUACUGAAGGGACGACAAGUCUGCCGCCGCCGCUGCAGCAGCAGCUGCAAAAUAUGACGUAUCAAACGCCGACUGCAGCCUACGUGAUGAGCUACAACAUGGCGCAGCCGAGCACGGCCCACUCCUACUACGCAUUCCCCGCAACGCCGCCGUCGCCGCCGCCGUCACAAGGCUACUUUUACUCGUCGUACGCUCCGCCACCGCCGCCGCCGCCGCCGGAGUUCUUCCACGGCGUGCCGUCAGAGUGGGGCUCGCCUGCGCCGCCGCCGGAAUCGUAUCAUAUGUUCAAUGAUGAGAAUGCAAAUUCCUGCGAUGUUAUGUGAUCAGGGAGAGGUAUUUGGAUCAAGAUCAGAUUAUAUCUCAUAAAAGAGAAGCUACAAUAUAUUAGCUUAAUUUCAAAAAAACAAAAGAAAAAAAAAAAGAAGCUACAAUAUUGAAGUACUCUUACAUGCAUGUGUUGCUGUAUUAAUGUGAUAAAGAGAUAAGUGUAUCUAUAUUUUUGACUUUAAGUCUUAUUUGUACAAAUUAGUUAUAUAUUAAGCUUAUCUAUGUUUACAAGGAUUUUAUUUA